AUGUUCCCUUGUUUCUCAAUCUGUGAAGUGACUCCUCUUCAGGGAUGCCAAGUGUACGACUUUGGAGAUUUGAAUUUCACUCAAGUUCCCAAUGAUGAACUGUACAACAACCUGAUUUUAUAUCCACGGUCAGUGGGCUUAGCCAGCCAGGUGUUGGCUGAUGCUGUAAGCAGAGCAGUAGCUGCUGGACACAGCUGUGUGACUAUAGGAGGUGAUCACAGCUUGGCACUUGGUUCUGUCAGUGGCCAUGCACGACAGUGCCCACACCUCGGUGUGAUCUGGGUGGAUGCGCAUGCUGAUAUCAACACCCCUCUUACAACUCAGUCUGGAAACCUCCAUGGACAACCUCUCUCUUUUCUCUUAAGAGAGCUUCAAGAUAAAGUACCACAACUUCCUGGCUUUUCCUGGCUAAAGCCCUGCCUUUCAGCAUCUGAUAUUGUAUACAUUGGGUUGCUAGAUUUAGCUUUAGGCCAAUACUAUAUUUUGAAGAACUACGACAUCCAGUAUUUUUCCAUGAGGGAUAUUGAUCGCCUUGGAAUUCAGAAAGUUAUGGAAAGAACAUUUGAACAACUGAUGGGCAGGAGACAGAGACCAAUUCACCUGAGUUUUGACAUUGAUGCUUUUGAUCCUUCACUGGCUCCAGCAACUGGGACUCCUGUUCUAGGUGGAUUAACUUACAGAGAAGGCAUGUACAUCACGGAGGAAAUACACAACACAGGAAUGCUUUCAGCCGUAGACAUGGUUGAAGUCAAUCCACUGCUUGGAGCUUCUCAAGAGGAAGUGAAUGCAACUGCUAGUCUUGCAGUGGACGUGAUAGCAACAUGCUUUGGGCAGACAAGGGAAGGAGCACACACUGCUUUUGAUGAACUCCCAACACCCAGUUCUCCAGACGAAUCUGACAGUGAAGAGCAAGUGAGGAUUUAAGAACCCAACCUGUUGCGUACACUGGACAUUAUAGAGCUCUGCUGAGGCACCUGAGUUGAUAGUCAACACUUGGCAAAUACUGUUAACUUCUCAAUUUUUAAAUAAACUAGCUUUUCCACUGAUCGGUGGCUACUUUAUUACAUACCAAAAUUUAUUCAUUUAGUUAAGUAUAUACAAAUUGAGACAAUAAAAUAUUUAUUACCUUCUUAUUAAUCUUA